UAAAAAAUUAAACAACUAAAGAAAAUAUACAAAAAUUAUAAAUAAAUAAAUAAACGAAAUAAAAAUAUCAUCAUAAAAUACUAGAAAUUAAAGUUCUUUUUUUUAUUUUUAAACAACAAAUUACAAAAGAUCAUCAUACAUCAUGACUUAUAUACCGAAAAAAAAUUCCCAUUUUUCCCGCUCUCACACAGCUAUGAAUUUAAUAAAUAUGGAUUCAGAAAAUCGGGUUGUUUUAAACGUUGGCGGCAUUAGACAUGAGACCUACAAGGCCACACUCAAGAAAAUCCCAGCCACUAGACUGUCAAAACUAACGGAAGCAUUGGCCAACUAUGAUCCGCUACUAAAUGAAUAUUUUUUUGAUCGACAUCCGGGAGUUUUUGCCCAGGUGUUGAAUUAUUAUAGAACUGGUAAACUUCAUUAUCCUACGGAUGUAUGUGGACCACUAUUUGAAGAAGAAUUGGAAUUUUGGGGUUUAGAUUCAAAUCAAGUUGAACCCUGUUGUUGGAUGACUUACACCCAGCAUCGUGACACUCAAGAAACUCUUGCCGUAUUAGAUCGUUUAGAUUUAGAUACAGAAAAACCGUCCGAAGAGGAAUUAGCUCGAAAAUUUGGUUUCGAAGAAGACUAUUAUAAGGGAACAUUAUCAUGGUGGCAGGAAAUAAAACCAAGAAUAUGGUCAUUAUUCGAUGAGCCCUACAGUUCGAAUGCAGCCAAGAUAAUUGGUGUUGUUUCGGUGUUCUUUAUAUGCAUUUCAAUAUUAUCAUUCUGUUUGAAAACCCACCCGGAUAUGAGAGUACCGUAUAUUGUUAAUAAAACGGUGCUCACAUCAAAUGGCAGUUCCUCCUGGUAUUUGGACAAGCCACAGACAAAUGCCCACAUAGCUUUUUUCUAUAUUGAAUGUGUUUGUAAUGCCUGGUUUACAUUCGAAAUACUAGUCCGUUUUAUAUCAUCACCCAAUAAGUGCGACUUUAUAAAAUCUUCAGUGAACAUAAUCGAUUACAUUGCCACGCUCAGUUUUUACAUUGAUUUGGUAUUGCAACGUUUCGCUUCACACCUGGAGAAUGCCGAUAUUUUGGAAUUCUUCUCCAUCAUACGUAUCAUGCGACUGUUUAAGCUGACGCGACAUUCGUCGGGUCUGAAAAUUCUCAUACAAACUUUUAGAGCAUCGGCCAAGGAGUUGACACUGCUGGUAUUUUUCCUAGUCCUAGGCAUUGUGAUCUUUGCCAGUCUGGUCUACUAUGCGGAACGAAUACAAACGAAUCCCCACAAUGAUUUCAAUAGCAUACCGUUGGGUCUGUGGUGGGCCCUAGUGACAAUGACCACCGUGGGUUAUGGUGAUAUGGUGCCAAAGACCUAUAUUGGCAUGUUUGUGGGUGCAUUAUGUGCACUAGCCGGUGUGCUAACCAUUGCACUGCCAGUGCCCGUUAUUGUUAGCAACUUUGCCAUGUACUAUUCGCAUACACAGGCACGAGCUAAACUGCCAAAGAAACGUAGACGUGUGCUUCCCGUUGAACAGCCCCGUCCACCCAGGCUCACAGGUCAAUCAGGAGGUGUAAGCGGUUGUGGUACACCCGGUUCUGGACCCAAUUCCGGCCCUAUGGGAUCUGGUACCGGUCCUAGACGUAUGAAUAAUAAAACCAAAGACUUAGUUAGUCCAAAAUCGGGUCCAAUUGGUGCCAGUAUUGUAGCCAUGAGUCCUCGUACCAUGCUGGAUUUAAAUCCCGCCUUAGCCAUGGGCAAACCCACAUUCGAAUCACGAGGACCACCCAUUACAUCGAAAGACUUUAAGGAUACGGAUAAACACACAACGGAAGCAUCAAAGAAAAACUUUUUAUAGAGUCAUUAAAAAAGCAUUAAAACUUGAAAAACACAACUGAAUGUUUUCGAAACAACAACAUGAUGUUCAAAUUCAAAAUAUAUAUAACCCAACUUUCUCUGUCUUCACAACACUGUAUCUAUAAAGAAAACUCCCUAACUCUAUUUGAAUAACUUAAACUCAAACUCAGCUCUUUAACUUUUGAUUAGCAAAAAAACCAAAAUAUUAAAUUAAACUUUUUCAUUCUAAAAACUCGGCUUUAUGAGUGUCAACAAAAAACAAAAACAGAAAAAAUAGUAUAAAUUAAAAUCCACAAAAAAAAAACGAAACCAAAAACCCUUAAGCCUAAAAUCCUUUCAAAAAAAGAAAACUAAAUGAAAUAUUUAAACCAAAGUCCUUACUUAAUAAAUGUAUAUUUAUUUAUACCUAUAUAUGUAUGUAAUUAAUUAAUUAUACUUGUAACUAUUACAACCACAAAUAAUGAAAGUAAUUAUUAAAAAAUCUAUAAUCUAUUAUCAUUC